AUGAUGUCCAUGAACAGCAAACAGCCGCAUUUUGCCAUGCAUCCCACCCUACCUGAGCACAAAUACCCCUCUCUGCACUCCAGCUCGGAAGCAAUAAGAAGAGCAUGUCUACCAACUCCACCGCUGCAGAGCAAUAUCUUCGCCAGCCUCGAUGAGACCUUGCUGGCGCGGGCCGAGGCUCUGGCCGCCGUCGACAUCGCCGUCUCGCAGGGCAAGAGCCACCCGUUCAAGCCGGACGCCACCUACCACACCAUGAACAGCGUGCCCUGCACCUCCACCUCCACCGUGCCCCUGGCGCACCACCACCACCACCAUCACCACCACCACCAGGCGCUGGAGCCCGGCGACCUCCUCGACCACAUCACGUCCCCCUCCCUGGCGCUCAUGCCCGGCGGAGGCGGCGGCGGAGGCGGCGGCGGCGGCCACGACGGGGCGGGCGGCGGCGGCGGCGGGGCCGGCGGCGGCGGGGGCGGCGGCGGCGGCGGCGGGGGCGGCGGCGGCCUCAUCUCCACCUCGGCCCACCCACACUCGCACAUGCACGGCCUGGGCCACCUCUCGCACCCGGCCGCCAUGAACAUGCCGUCGGGGCUGCCGCACCCGGGGCUGGUGGCCGCGCACCACGGGGCCGCGGGGCAGGUGGCCUCGGCGGCGGCGGUGGUGGGGGCAGCCGGCUUGGCCUCCAUCUGCGACUCGGACACGGACCCGCGGGAGCUGGAGGCCUUCGCCGAGCGCUUCAAGCAGCGCCGCAUCAAGCUGGGGGUGACCCAGGCCGACGUGGGCUCGGCGUUGGCCAACCUGAAGAUCCCGGGGGUAGGCUCCCUCAGCCAGAGCACCAUCUGCCGCUUCGAGUCCCUCACCCUCUCCCACAACAACAUGAUCGCCCUCAAACCCAUCCUGCAGGCCUGGCUGGAGGAGGCCGAGGGCGCCCAGCGGGAAAAAAUGAACAAGCCCGAGCUCUUCAACGGGGGCGAGAAGAAGCGCAAGCGGACUUCCAUCGCCGCCCCGGAGAAGCGCUCCCUGGAGGCUUACUUCGCCGUCCAGCCCCGGCCCUCCUCCGAGAAGAUCGCCGCCAUCGCCGAGAAAUUGGACCUCAAAAAGAACGUGGUGCGGGUUUGGUUUUGCAACCAGAGACAGAAGCAGAAACGGAUGAAAUUUUCCGCCACCUACUAG